UCAGUCAGAGGAGGGAGCUCUGGACGCGGGCGCCCUCUGCCCCGCCUGUGGGUGUGCGCGGCGCACUGACCUGUGCGCAAAGCAGCAGAGACGGUCAGUUUCGCUUGGUGCCACUGUGCCGCCGUAAUAAGAGCAAACAGUGACACCUUCCACCCACGGAGUCCUCCUCGCUACCCACCUGCGACGGUGAGAACCCAGCCGAGCUGGACCGGCGGCUCCAGGUCCUGUCCACACCGGCCCUCGCCCCCCUCGUCCCGGCUCUGUCCUGUCAGAUUCACACAAAGGCCCAGGGCCUUUCCUGUCCGCGGGACCCACGACCUCGCGACACCGGGCCCAGGAGCACAUGGACACCCAGGCACCCGAAGCCCCCCCCGGGGAGGAAUUGCGGGACAAGGCAGAAAAUCUACUUCAGGAACUUCAAGAACAUUUUCAAGCUCUUACUGAAACAUUAAACCACAGAAUGGAAGAAAUGGGAAAUCGUAUUGAGGACUUACAGAAGAAUGUGAAUGACCUAAUGGUACAAGCUGGGAUUGAAAAUUGUUUUAAAGAACAAAUGCCUGAAACACCCUGUGUGCCUCUUGCUGGCUUGAACUUGGCUCCUUGACCUCCUGCCAACUUGAACUUUAUUCUGCCACACUGUGAUGGAACCAGCCUGUAGGUGCUCCAAUUCUGACUCAGUUGGUCCCUCUCCAAGUUGGUCCCUACUGGCCAAUUACCCUCUCCUGGGGGGAUGUCUUAAUCUGAAUAACUCCCCAGACACUACAGUCCUCUGCAUCCACUUCUCAGUUCCACUGAUGUGUUUCUCUGUGGAGGCCUCUGGGGUCAGCGGUGGUCACUGUGCAUCUGCAGGCUCAAGUUACCCUUCCCACAGAGUGAGUCAGGGCUCAGGGAGAAAGUGCCCCUUGUCACCUCCUUCUUCACUGUAGUCUCCUUUCGCCUUCCAUGUGGGCUUCAGUUCUCACUUCAUCCUUGCUAGGUUCUGGAGACUCACUUCCCUUCUUCUUUUCCUCACAUUGCUAUAAUCUAGCAUCUGGACACCAAAUCCCAGAGGGGCUGUUUCCUUGCUGUUCACCACUCCACCAUCUUCCUGGAAGUCCACACCUUAAUUAUUUUUACUUCUCCAUCCCUCUUCAUCCUCUGCCUUCCCCUCCUUCUGCAUUUUACUUGUUUUUGUCAUAAUUUCAAAUUCUGCAUGUGUUAAAUCUUAAAUUAUAUUAUUGUUUUUUAUUUUUAACAGCAUAAAGCUUUGUAAGUUUUGACAUGUAUAUAUGUAAUCACCUGUAAGAAAAACAUCACAGUGAGGAUAAAAGCUUCUCCAUGAGCUUUUCUACUGUCUUUUUCCUGUCCUUCUACAUUUUUAAGCAAUCACUAUUCUGCUUAGUUUGCAUUUUCUAGAAACAUUAAUAGAACCAUACAGUACAUGCAUAUAUAAGCAUUGUUAAAUCUAUUAAUUUAUUACUUUUCUUGUCUACAUUUAGCAGCUUAUUUACAUAUAUGAGAGAGUAAUACUAACUUUAAACAAAAUGCUAGGCUAAAUAUAAAAAGGGAUCUGCAAACACUGCAUUAGCUUCUGCUGGCAGUCUGCAGCUGCACUUAUUGAAGGAAUUCAACCACCAUCAUUCUGAUUAGAGACCCCUCUAAGCCACCCACUCCCAGCACAGUUGCAUCUGGGAACUCAUAACAUUAUCAGCUCUGCUAUUGAUAGUAGACACUAUUCCCUGCACUUUCCCAGGCCUCAUCCUUGGGCCACUAUUAUCACUUGUGCUCUCUCAAGUCUUGUUCUUGUCAGGUAGUCACAAACCCCUUUCAGUGAACUUCCCUAUAAAAGGCCCCAUAACCUGUAUGAGAGUUGCUGGUCUGAUCUCUGGUGCCAGAGCAGACCCUCUCAGGUUUGUUCUGAAAUAAAAUUGUCCGGUUGAGCUUGUACCUCUGUUUCUUCUUUUCCUAACAUCUAUAACUUACACCCAUAAGAAGUUUCGAUUCCCAGUCCCACUAGCCCUUCCAAAAUGUGCCCUUCAUUACUGAGAAAAACAUGAAAAGAAAGCAGACUCAAUGAUGCAGAUAUGGUACUAAAAGACAAAGAUAUUAACAUAGCUACAAUUCCUAUGUUGAGUUCCAGCAGAGAGUGCUGUGAGAAACAAAGUCUACCUCCCCAAGGUCCUCCAGGCCCUCCCAAUGCCAGUGGGUCAGCCUAAGGAUGGGGGCACC